GUUUUGCUUGCAAAAAAAAAUACAAAACCUUAUAAAAUGGCAAGCCAGCAAAAUGUUAGCAAGUCAAACAGGCCGAUUUCUUUUGUUGGCAUGAAUGUCAACCAAGUAAAGUCUGAACUUGCCGCUCAACUAAGCAAUCAGGAACAACUAUUGGCAAAGCUAGGAACAAGUCAAAUUAGUCGAAAUGCGUUCUUAAAACAAUCAGACAUGAUUCGAAAAGAACUUCAAGAUCUCAAUAAAUAUAAUCAACAAGACGAAUUACCUACUGAAAUUAGAGAAAAAUUAGAAACUUUGGCAAAUGAGUUUCAGCACAUAAAGGCAACCAAGGUGAAGCUCAGAUACUGUCUCUCCUUUAUUACCUCCUGCGCCAACUCACAGUUCAUCCUCUAAACAACGAGCUAAAUAUGCAAAUGGAAAUAAACGUAACCCAGAUAUCGAGUUCGCCACAGAGAUUGGUCAAGGGCUACUCAUUGAAGUGAGAAAACUACAGAAUAUCAUCCAAGAAAAGGAAGAAAUCAUAAAACAACUGGAAGCAGCCAGGACAGAGAAUGAGCGUCAUCAUGAAACAGCUCAG